AUGGCUCACGCUCGUAUCUCAGCCAACCUACCCCCUAACAUAGAUCCCACCAAAGCUCCUCUGGCGUUUGGGAGGAGGGCCCUUCCCAAGCUGAAGGAGGAGUUAUGUUCUACAGAGCUGCUGACUCAGCAGCAGGCACUGAUGUCGCUCUGUGACCUGGUCCAUAACCCAGAAAUUGUCUACCAGGCACUAGAAAUAGGGUUCUUGGAUAACCUGAAGGCUUUGCUGGUACACCACGACAGCACUGUCCGACAGAAAACCACCGAAAUCCUCUGCGUCACGGCUAUGCAUAGCGUGGGCAGGCAAGGGCUGAUACGUCAGGGAGUGAUUCCUGCCCUCACUGAGCUUUUGGAUGACCCAGUAGAUAUCUGUCGGAAGAACACACAUCAGAUACUCGAGAUGAUGGCAAAAUUACCUGAAGGGGCUGCUGACAUACUGCAUGCUGCUUUGAUUCCCUCACUGCUCCUCAAACUGAAGACUGAGCUGGAUGAAAUCCAGGAGCUAAUCCUUGACACACUCUCCAGCUGUCUUCAUUUGGAGGCUUCUGAAGCUCUAGCAAGUGGUGCUGUUACCAUCCUGAAGGAAAAGCUCACACACCCAUCAGUGGCCAUCAGAAGCAAAGCAGCUCAGGUCCUCUUAGCAGCUGGGACUCAUCCAGAGGGGAAAAGCCUCAUCUGUGAAGAAGUUGUUGCUGCACUGGUGAGCCUGUUGGAAGACACAGAUCCUGAAGUCCAAGCAAGUGCAGCAGGAGCACUGAUGUUUGCUACUGUCAAACCCCAGGGGAGAUUCUCGGCGCUGGGGGCUGGAGCCAUUGCACCUUUGCUGAGGCUGGCGACUGAGCAGAGCAGCAGAGCACGGCUGAGCGCGCUCAAAGCGCUCACCAUGCUAGCCGAGCUCCCGCAGGGCCGCACCACGCUCCUGGAUCACACGGCCAUGCUUGAGCAGUGCCUGAGUGACCCCUGCGAGGCGGUGAGGAGAGCUGCCACUACUGCCAUCAGCGUCAUCCGGUGGAAGCCUUGCUGA